AUGGCGGUGGAGUACCACUGCUGUCAGCCGCAGUUCUUCUUCCACAUAGCGAUCAUCGUGCUGCUUGUGGUGUUCGCGGGGAUGAUGUCUGGGCUGACGCUGGGGUUGAUGUCUAUGAGCCUGGUCGACCUCGAAGUCCUUGCCAAGUCUGGCACGCCGAACGAUCGCAAGCAUGCCGGUAGUUCGUUCAUUCUUUCUGCUUUUUUUUAUUUAUUCCUGCUUGAUUUAGACUUCAACUCGAUAUUCUCUUAUCUAUUCAUUUAUAAUCCUCAUUAGUUGCUCGAUAUUCUAUGUAUAAUUGCCUGUGUUGGGGAUUAUUUGAAGUGCACGGAUUGAUGCAAAGUUUAGAUGAUCAACCUUGUCAUUAUCUAUUUUUCGCAGCAAAGAUACUGCCCGUUGUUCAGAAGCAGCACCUGCUGCUUUGCACUCUUCUUAUCUGUAAUGCUGCAGCUAUGGAGGUAAGCUAACAGGAAUUAUCAUCAGUUCACCAUGCGGUACGAGUCCUAGGAUGUUGUCGACCUGAAAAAUUUAUUCUGGUUUCAGGCACUUCCUAUUUUUCUUGAUACUCUGGUUACAGCAUGGGGAGCUAUAUUGAUUUCAGUGACAUUAUUGCUUCUAUUUGGGGAGGUAGGAAGAGAUAUUUACUGCCUUUUGGAAUAACAAUCCACGUUUAGGUUUGGAUAUUGACUUACAUUCACCAUUUCUAAGUGCGAUACCUUCAAAUUAUGUUAUGUGAACUGAGCUAUGGUUUAUUUUCGUCUGUUUUCGCCCUUUACCUGGCAGAUUAUCCCACAGGCUGUCUGUUCUCGCUACGGCCUGGCAAUUGGUGCAGCUGUGGCACCUCUUGUACGUGUUCUCGUUUGGAUAUGCUCCCCAGUCGCAUAUCCGAUCAGUAAGGUAUUAUUUUUUUUGUUGAGAACUAUGUUCAUACUUUUUCAACACCUCUAUCUUCUAAUAAAACGAUAAUCAAAUGCUGCUGCAAUUACUAAAUUCAGAUGUUUAUUGGUUUCCCAGUUAUUAGACUGUUUGCUUGGAAACGGGCACAUAGCUCUCUUUCGUAGAGCAGAGCUGAAAACACUUGUUACCUUGCACGGGAAUGAGGUAUUUGUCUCUCAAUCUAUGAAACGUACACAAUAUGACAAACCAAUCAAUGUGAAAUCAGCUUGCACGGUAGACGUGUUUUUUAAGAAGUUUAAGUUUACCAAAAAAAAUUCUGUCACCUGCUAUCUGAGACCGUCUGACUCUAGUUGUUGCAAAACUCUUGUUCUUGGUUGCUCGGUAAAACCUACAUAGUGAUGACUGUAAACAGGCAGGGAAGGGUGGGGAGCUGACGCAUGAUGAAACAACUAUCAUUGCUGGAGCACUUGAGCUUUCCGAUAAAAAAGCUAGCGAUGCCAUGACCUCUAUAUCAGAGACUUUUUCAAUUGACAUUAAUGCAAAAUUCAACAGGUACAAUUCUUCGUCUCUCAUUAAAAACAAUGUUUACUUUGGUUCCACGUUCAUAUUUAUUAAUUCUGUGUUCGUGGGUUUGACGCAGCUUAUUUGUUUUCCAGAGAAUUAAUGCAGAUGAUUUUGGAUAAAGGUCACAGUAGGGUUCCAGUGUACUAUGGCAAACCAACAAAUAUAGUUGGACUGAUUUUGGUACACGUUUGUCUCACUUGAGUCUCGAGCUUUUCACUUUCAUCUUCUUGAACACCAUGUUUUUCACUCUGUGGAAUCUAUGUUUCGAAAUUUCAGGUAAAGAAUUUAUUAUACAUUCACCCAACAGAUGAGGUGCCAGUUAUGAAUGUUACAAUCCGCAAAAUACCACGGUAUGGUGGAAGAAGAAUUAUUUACUUUGAAAAUUUCUACUGUAUGAAAAUAUGGGCUACGUGUACCAGAGAAAUUUUCUCGUUCUGAACCUGAACUUUGAAAUAGAUGUUGAAGAUUUACUUUGCGUGCUUAUUCAUAAUUGGUCGAGGGAAAUGUCAAUGCUCUGUGAAAAUGAUGUUGUCAUACUUUGGAGCGUAUGGCAUCAUGGUAAUUAUGUACCAUACUGUCCAUUAAAAUUGUGACAAAGUCUGCACUGCUGUCUCAGUCAGCUAAGGUCGUGCAUCUUCUCCACUGGCCCAUGCUUGAUAUCUAUGUUCAACUCCUGAUGUUUGUAUCUUAAAACAGUGAACUAGGAGAAAACUAUCGUUAAUAGGAAAUUAUACUGUUCUUGGCAUUUUUAAUUAUUUUAUUGAUUCUAGAACUACCCAGAUAUUUUCGCAACUCUUAUCCAUCGGUUUUCAUUGUUUUACAUUUCAAAAAUUACAGAGAAAUUUCUCUUGAUCCACCUGACAGGAAAAUGUGAAAUUUUGUCUCUGAGUGGGGAUGAGAAUGGAUUAGCUCCACUCUCUGUCUCUCUCUUUCAAAUAAGAUGAUAUGGGCCAGUUGACCAUAUGGUUGGCUGAAGAUACAUGUGAAUCGGCAUACCUCUCCUCUUAUGUCUAAUUUAUUAAAAUCCAUCUAUGGCUUUCCAACAUGUUCCCCCUAAUGUUGAGAGCACUUGGACACAUCAUGUUCCCCCAGCUAUUGUCUGUGUUCGACCGAUCAGUACUGAGGAAAUGAAGUAAAACUUCAUUGUCAUAGGUGCGGAUAGAUUUAAACAUUCCUCAAAUUAUAGCCCAGUUUUUGGUGAGAUAUAUAAUUCCCAGCUCAAAACUUCAAUUCAAGGACGAGGAAUAUGAUCAUUUUUCUGUGCCGUGAUGAACUUGUAAACUGCAUUGUGUUUUCUAAAUGAUCUGUUUAUACUUCGUCACGUUUAGGGUCACUGAAGACAGGCCUCUGUACGACAUUCUGAAUGAGUUCCAAAAAGGCCACAGCCACAUGGCAGUAGUCGUAAAGCAGAUUCAUCCAACGGAGCAGCCGGGCAUGCAUGCUGAUGGCGGUAAGAAUGAGGAAAAGAGUCGAACCUUUAAAAUCCGACUUGAUGUUAUCUGACACAGUCGACGAGUUCUCUGAAACAGAUGUCAAACUGGAAAUUGACGGCCACAGACCAAAUGAGCUAAGCGUGAAGAGCUACAGGCCAAUAAACAAACGGAAGAGCUUGCCCGGAGGUUCCCAGAGCUCCAACAGGGGUUCUACCAGAGGUAGUAGUUGGCGGUCGAGAGAUGCAUUCUCUGACAUUCUGAAGGUCAACGAGGCCCCUCUUCCCAGUCUGAACGAAGAUGAGGAAGCCGUCGGCAUAAUAACAAUGGAGGACGUCAUCGAAGAGCUGCUGCAGGUAACGUGGGAGGCCUUCUCUUCCAAUCGUCAGCCAUAUUUUACUGUUCCCCCGGAGCCCUGCAUGACAUCUCGUCUGUACCGUCAGGAGGAGAUUUACGACGAGACAGACUAUCAGGACACAGACUUUGCUUGUCAGUGA